AUGGAAGAAAAGACAUUUGUUUGGACGCACGAGUUGAAUUUAAGGCUAUUGGAUUUAAGAUACGAGAAUGAUUUGCUGUUCAAAAAGAAAAAGCAACCUUGGAAGGAAUUUCGUCAAAUUCUGCUGAACCAAGGAUUUCCCGAUGCAAUGACCCUUAACCAUGUGAGAAAGAAGUGGUCUUACAUGUAUGAUAUGUACAAAAUAGCGAAGAAAUCAAAGAAUAAGAGUUGGCCAUAUUACAAGCAGUUUGAGAAAAUAUUUGGUAAAACUAAGGUUCUGGAUAAGUACAGUUCAUGGUCAGACGAAUGGAGGUUAAAGUUAAUAACAUGUAUAACAGAGACUACAGUUUUGAAACUAGACUUUUACAACAUGUGGAGAACUGUUGAGAGAGCAAUGAGAUGUCAAGAUUUGCCCCAAAAUUGCUGCAUACAAGACAUUCAAGGACUAUGGCAUCACAUAAGGAUGACCUUUAAUAGGAAACACCGGAUGAAACAAAAGAAGGGCAUAGAAUCGUCAGACUGGCCUCUCUAUGGCGCGGUGCUAGAGUAUUACACCAAAAACGACCCAAAGUAUCUCAUAAAGGUGGAGACCGAAACGGGAGUAGAGUACAGACAACGCAAGACUAGCAACAAUUAUGUGUUUAAAAAUAGAGAUGAUACCGAUGUUAUUGAAGAGGAGUUUCAGUGGUCCAAGGAUAUCACGGAGACAUUCAUACAGAUCAGGUUACAAAACGAUUGGCUGUUCAGGGAGAGAAAGUGGGCAUGGAACGACUUACUAGCCACCAUGAAAGAAGAGUAUGGGUUCCCGAAAACAUUAACCGGUAGAGAAAUCUGUAGAAAAUGGGCGGCUACAUUUUCCGAGUUCCAGAAAGCGAAGGCUACAAACAACAAAUCUUGGGUGUACUACAACCUAUUCGAGCUCUACUUAGGGGAGGGAAAUCUCAGCUUAAACCCGCUUAUUGGCUGGCAAGAAGAAUGGGUGUCACAUCUUAUAAAUGCUAGAAUAGAUCAAGAACAUUUGUUCAAAUUAUCUUAUAAGGACCAAUCAUGGAGAGAGGUGGAAAAAAGACUGCGAAGUAUUGGUUUACCAUUGGACCACAGCUUGUUAGAUUUACCCGAUAUCUGGACACAUCUACUUAAAACCUACAGGUGGAAAAAGAAAUUCGCCAACAAAGGUAUCCUAACUGAACAAUGGCCAUACUACGAAGCGAUGACCAAGUAUGACGCAAUUAAAGACCGUACGCCAACAGUAAUAAAACACAAAGUUGAAAACCAAAUAAAUAAUUAUAACGACAAUUGUAACGAUACAUUAGACGAUAAUGAUUAUGAAGACGAUAUGAAAUUGUUCGAUUUAAAGCAAAAGUUAGAACUGCAAGUGAAGCCCAAGUGCGAGUACAUGGACGCGAAUCAAUGUAGGUCAUGUUCUAAUGAAGAGGGUUGUGUUAAUAUAUUCGAACAUGUGGAUGAGGGUGGCAAUGUUCUAGCUGAAAAGUUGAGACUUAUGGGAGAUGUUAAGGUUGACCCGUCAGACAGUUUACCUUCACAAAUCUGCCUCAACUGCGUCAAAGAAUUAGAAAACGCAUACAAAUUUAGACGGAAAUGCCAAGAGUCCGACAAAGUGUACAGAAAAGCAAUUCAUACACCUUAUAAUAUUAAAACCGAGAAUACAACAGAUGAGCAUCACAAUGAAACACUACAAAUAGUUGAAAUUGAAUCGAUAAAAACGAACGAUGAGGCAAGUAUGGAAUCAAUAGAAGAUAUAGAUACAAAUUUUGACAACGAUUUAAAUGACAAGGAUAUUAGAGCAAUUCCACAGCUAUUUAUGACCAGAGAUGCUAAACCCGAAAAGAAAUCCGUUAUAAGAAAAGCAGCACCAAAAGUAAUUAGAAAGAAGAAGAAAAUGCGCAAAGACAAAUAUGUAUAUUACAAAAUUUGCGAUAUAUGCGGUAAACACACAAGGAAUCUGAAGAGUCAUUUGGAUACACACUCAAGCGGGAAGUCGUAUUCCUGUGAUGUUUGUGACAAGAAAUUUAAAUUUAAAAGUGGAUUAAUUAUACAUAAAUCUAUUCAUGAUCCUACGCCGCGGAAAAAGUGCGAAGUGUGCGGGAAAACAUUCCACAUCCUUGCUCAAUACCGGCGACACUUUGUUUACCACGCCAACGAGAGGAAGUUUGAAUGCGAGACGUGUGGGAAACGGUUCAACACUCUAGAUAUUUUACGCGUACACGCUAGAACCCAUACGGACGAACGACCAUACAGUUGUCCAGAAUGCGGAAAAACAUUUCGCACUGCGGGAUGCGUUAGUAGACAUAAGAGAAUUGUACAUAGAACGAAAAGACUUUGGUGGGUUGCCGUGGCGCUGUUGCUGUGGACUCAACAUGCACAAUGUCGGAAUGUUACCCACGAAGAUAUUCGCGACGCAAUGCUCUCUUUGGUCCACAUGUUCCGGUCAUCUGAAGACAAGCUAGAAAGACACGAGUACAGAGAAAAAGCGCUUGGCGAUCAACUCAAGAAAAUGCUUUCAGGCUUGGAGAAAAGACAUCGAGCGCUUGAACCGCUCAAAGGAAUGAUCUCUAGACUUGAUGAGCGAUUGUCCAAUGUUGAGACCAUACUUUUACAGAAAGAAGAACGAGAGAAAGUUACACAAAAAAAGACAAACGAAGCACUGGAAGGCAUUCAGAAAUCAAUUCAGGAUUUGACUGCCACAAUGAGUUUGAAACCCAGCGGUAAAACGGAGAAUAGCCUGAUCGCUAAUGCGAGUUCUGUUGACACGAAAUUAGAUGCUACUGAUGCUAAGAUAGAAGCUGUCAAGAAGGAAAUUGAGAAUCUGAAGAAUAGUUUGAAUAAGGACUCCCUCCGCGCGGUGUGUUUGGAGAUGGUCACCGAAGUGAAUCCGCUAGAAAAACACAUUUCCGAGGCAGAAAAACUUCUCAAUAGAUAUGAGCUGAAACUUAAUGAGUACAAUGGUACCGCAUCCAAAAUUCCCACUGAUUUCGUACCUCUCAGCGAAGUAACAUUAGCUGAUGAAGCCUGGCACAGCAAAAUGACUGAAGUGAUGGAGCGCCAGGAAGCGGAAAUAAAGAACAUCCAGAAACUACUAGCCAACGCUGAGAGCAUGUGGAAGGAACUACCGAGAUUAGCUGACGUCGCAAGUCACAUCAACAACACUCUGGCUUCUAUUGAGAAAACUAGAAAUGACAUUUUGGAGAAUGAUGAAAAAUCUGUAAACAAAGUGACGACUAAACUGCGUGAAAUGGGUGACCGCCUAGUAGCGACUAAUGAAGAUAUUCAGCGUAGCCUCACACAGGGCAAUACAUUGACGGAACGAGCUUAUGCGGACAUAUCUAGGAGUUACGAAAAUUUACGAAAUGAGGUGCAAACCCUAACCAAAAACGAGCAUGUAAUGCUGCAAACUGCAGACAAUGUAAUCGCAAACAAGAAACGUAUCGAAUACGGAGUCCACCAGAUACUAAUGGAAGUUGGUGAAAUUAUCAAAAAGCAGGGAAAGACUCUGAAUACAACUAUUAAUGACAGAUUUGACCAUAUUGAAACAACAAUAGUGGAGAAUCAAACUAGUGCACUAACAAACCUGAGCUCGAAGAUCGAGACGGAGAUGUCGCAGGUGUGGCGGCAGAUUGGUAUCAUGUAUCAGCAACUCACAGCCAGCAAGAUGUCCCUUGACAAACUUACUGAACAAACGGAGCAAUACGUUAAUGGAAGUGCGACUACCAUGAGCAACAUGAAAGACAAGGUUGGGUUAAUUACCACACGUAUGGCGGAGGUGGAUGACAAUUUGAACUAUUUACUGGGACAACUGUCGGUGGUGACACAGGAGUUCAACCAAAUCAAGAUCGGGCUGGGAGAUGCCCUGGAUAAGAUUAAAACGAGUUUUCAUUUUGUACAGGCUAAACUAGAAGAUGCCGGUCCCGGUCCACAUAAUAUCACCAGUGCAGAUAAAAAUUAAAGUACUACUAAUACCAAAUAACAUAGAUUUAACAAUUAAUGAUUAAGAUUUUACCAUGUAGACAUUAACAAUAAGGCGACUGAAUUAGGAAGUACCUAUAGAGAUACUUAAAUGAAAUGAAACUCUUAGGGCAUAACUUUUGCAAAUAUUUAAUCUCUUUCAUAAUUGUGGAUCUAUAUAUUUAUAUUGUACAAGUUAUAUGAUACAAUUAAAUUUUAUCGUGACAGAUAUCCCAUGUCACUUACAAGUGAGCGCGUAAAACCAACAAUAUAACAACUGUCGAGGAUCCUAAGGAAAAUGUGAAUUUAAUGAAC